AUGUACGACAACAAAGUUUAUGCAAUGAUGGUUCAAAAUUUGAAAAAUCUAAUGACUAGAAUACCAAACAAUUUCAGUAUAGAGAUGGUUCGCAUUAUACGAGAAAUCAACACAUUCAAGCUAAAUCAUCAAAACAUUACAAAAUUCUAUGAGUCCUACUUCACCUUUGAAGAUGAAUUCGUGAUUGUCACAGAACUUGCGGAAUCAAACCUCUAUGCCCUAAGGGAAAACAAAGAACUAACCAAUGCUCAAAUUACAGAUAUAAUGAUCCAGAUAGUCAAAGGCACGAUUCAUCUCCACGACUAAAAUUUCAAAAUCUGUGACUUUGGAAUGGCACAAUUCAUGACAAAUUUUAAUGGUUUUGUUGGAAAACAUUUCAAAGCACCAGAAAUUAAUUUAAAUGAAGAAUUCAGCUACAGCAGUUAAGUUGACAUUUGGUCACUCGGAAUGAUCCUUUACUACCUCUGUACUAAGAAAAAUACAUACCAAGGCUAAAUAAUAUCAGAGUUAAAGAAGUAGCUGAAAGAGAGAUCAUACGUCUUGAAGGGUAAUAAAAGAAUUGAUGCACUUUAGGUGCUCUUUGAAUUUAUUAUCUUACUUAAUAACGAGCCACUGGACAAGCAUUUGGAAAUGGAGGAAGAAAAGAAAUACCAACAUAAUACUACUAAUGAUAGAAUAAAUUAAGUUGCCAAUGAAAUUGAAACUUAACUAGGUGAAUUUAACUUAGCGGCUAUUGAUAAGAUUCAUCCAAAUUCUAACAGAAUCUUGAGUCAAUAUGAUCAGUUAAUUACACUGUUAAAAUCUCAAAAAUUCAAAGCGAUUGAAGCAGAAGUGGCUAAUACCCUUAAUAGUGACUCAAACAGAAAGCAAUAGUUGUGCAAGGAUUUCUCUGAAAUUUUGACAAAAAUGGCAAGAAUGAUUGGUCAAAAUGAUUUUUAGAAUAUUGCUUCAAAGAUAAACUUAUCAACCAUUUAUGAGGAUGUUGUUGAAAGGGCUGAAUUUGCUGUGACAAUAAGUUCUAAAAAUACUGUCGUGAAUGAAAUUAUAGCAAGUCUUGGAGAUUUCAACUACGGUUCGAUUGACAAGAUUCAUUCAAACCCAAACAGAGUCUUCAGACCACUUGUUGAAUAUACAGAUGGUACUAUGUAUCAAGGUGAAUUCGAUAUUGUAACAAAUUAAAGAGAUGGAAGAGGCAGAUUAAUUUACAGUAAUGGUUCGGUCUAUGAUGGAUUAUGGAAGAAUAAUGAAAAAAAUGGAUACGGAAGAAAAAUUUCUGGUGAUGAAUAAUGGCAAGGAGUUUACUACAUAGGUGAGUUCAAAGAUGGUAAAUAUCAUGGAUAUGGAAAAACUUAUUGGAAAGAUGGAAGAAUUUAUGAAGGUCAAUGGGAAGAUGACAAUUGA